AUGUCCGCAAUUGUAACAACGUACGUUGCAGAGCACAAACUCAAUAAAGAUAUGAGUAAUGAAGAACUUAGCCAGCACGCCUCAGCAUUACUCGAGCUUUUGAUGGAUAAACUGAAAAGAGACAAGGGCCAUCAGCGCUUCCAAAAAGGGUAUAAUUUUAGUAAAGAGCAGGCAUUUGUAUUAAUCCCCGAUCAGAGAAUUUGCCGAAGUAGAAGUCGGGUAAUUCCCAAAGAAGGAGGGGAAGAAGCAGGGGAAGUUAAUAUAUGCCAAGUGUCUAAUCUUAUUCCAGGGGAGACGGUUGAGAUGAUAGCUCAACGUAUUAUGCGGGAUAGCCUUGGUGAAAAAGAAGUAAAAGCUAUAGCUAAGGCUUUAACGUCUCCUAACCCUGUCACCGCCACAUCCUGUCUCAGUAGACUUCGAAGAGAGUUGCAGAAACUCAAUGCCCCAGAAAAAAUAAUCUCUGCUACAUAUGAUGAAAAAACAACCUGCGCAUCUAAUAAGAUUCAAAAGUAG